CUGACCUUAUUUCCAACCCCUGCUGCAAACCCAGGCCCAUUCUCAUUCGUAUCCCUAACCCCUGGUUCAUCCUCAACCUGAAAUUCUUCUCUUACCUCAACUCAAAUCCUGACUUCAGCUCCAACCUAGUCCCAGCCUUCCCUGUCUCCUCUCUCCAGCCCCAGCCUGGUCACUGGCCCUGCCUCCAUUUCAGCUCUGACAGCCUCAGAGUUGGUCCAAGGAUGUCAAUGAAGUAUGAAGACCUCCAGUCCUUGGAGAGUGAGAAGAAAAGCCAGGGUUCUAGAAAGGGGCUGCCUCCUCCCCCAGCCUUCCUGCAGCAUCUCUGCUCUGGCCCCUGGCCCCUUCUGCUCUCUCUGGGCCUCAUCCUUCUCCUGAUGAUUGGUAUCUGCGUGAUUGGAUCCAAAAGUGAGUGUCCCAGGAUGGGCAGGGAAGGGGGCGCCAGUGGGGUACAGGAACCCAGAGUGCCCUCCCCUCCAGCCCGUAGCCUGAAUGACACGGUGUUUUCUCUGGAGAGCAAGCUGGAGAGAGAGCAGCAGGAACUCAAAGCAGAUUAUUCUGAAGUAUUCCAGGGAGUUCAGCAACUGGUCAAAGGCCUGAACACCCUGCACUGUCAGCUGGUUGCGCUCAAGAGCAAUGACUCUCAAAAUACCUGCUGCCCCAUUGGCUGGCUGGAGUAUGAAGGCAGCUGCUACUGGUUUUCUCGCUCUGGACUGACAUGGCCCCAGGCCGAGAAGUACUGCCAGCUGCAGAAUGCCCACCUGGUGGUCAUCAACUCCAGAGAGGAGCAGAGAUUCAUUGCACAGCACUCAAGCUCCUUUUACACCUGGAUAGGACUCACUGAGAGCGAUGGCUCCUGGAAGUGGGUGGACGGCACAGACUAUGGGAACAGCUACAAGAACUGGGGUGUAGGUCAACCAAAUAACUGGAAGGGGCACAGGGACGAUGCAGAUGAAGACUGUGCCGAAAUCCGGGAGGAUGGGCUCUGGAACGACGAUUUCUGCCUGAAAUUGCAACACUGGGCAUGCGAGAUGACACGGAACAUCACCGGCUAGGAGCCCUGACCCCAGCAGAUCUCCACCUGCACCCCACCCCUACCCUGCUCCCAGCUUCUCUACUGGGGAUUUGGAAGAAAGGAAGAACAGGCAGAGGCAUUGGGAGGAGCUGAGGGAAGAUGGAACAAAAUGGUUUCAGAAUCUCAGACCCCGGCACACAGAUCCCGCCUCUUCUGCUACUCACUGUGAGGGCUACCAUUUCCAGCCUCCUAGGUGGAGAAGGAAAAAAAUAAAGGAAACACUUGACACUC